AGAUAAAGGCAGCUGCCUGGCUGCCUGAGAACAGAGACCCAGAGCCAAGGUAGAGAGAGGCGUGGGACCCAGGAACAGAACAGAACCAACAACAAAGAAUCCCAGCAGAGCGACAGACCCCAAGGUAGACACUCAAAAGCACCCAGACACCAGCCAGACCUUUGAAGGAUGGCUGAUGCCCAGAUGCAGGUAGCUCCUACAUCAACCAUCCAAAUGAGGACUGGAGAGGACCUGUCCCUCCCUCUUCCCUCAGCCCCUGAGGGUCUGCCGCCGCCGCCCCCCAGGGAAUCCUUCUCCAAGUUCCAGCAGCAGCGGCAAGCCAGCGAGCUCCGCCGUCUCUACAAACACAUCCACCCUGAGCUUCGGAAGAACCUCGAGGAGGCUGUGGCUGAGGACCUGGCCGAGGUACUUGGUUCAGAGGAGCCCACGGAAGGCGAUGUUCAAUGUAUGCGCUGGAUCUUUGAGAAUUGGCGGCUGGAUGCCAUUGGCGGUCACGAGAGGCCAGCUGCCAAGGAACCUGUGUCAGGUGGCAACGUUCAGGCCACCUCUCGAAAGUUUGAGGAAGGCUCCUUUACCAACAGCUCAGAUCAGGAGCCGGCGGGACCCCGGCCGUCAGGGGGUGAUGUCCGAGCUGCCAGACAGCUGUUUGAGACCAAGCCACUGGAUGCACUAACAGGCCAGGAGGAGGCGACACAGACAAUCACGAAGGAACCUGCAGCCACUGGAGAUGUACAGGGAACCAGAAAGCUUUUUGAGACUAGGCCCCUGGACCGGCUGGGUUCCCGCCCCUCCAUCCAGGAGCAGAGCCCUUUAGAGCUGCGCUCAGAGAUUCAGGAGCUGAAGGGUGAUGUGAAGAAGACGGUGAAGUUGUUUCAGACGGAACCUCUAUGCGCCAUCCAGGAUGCAGAGGGCGCCAUCCACGAAGUCAAGGCUGCCUGCCGGGAGGAGAUUCAGAGCAAUGCAGUGAGGUCAGCUCGCUGGCUCUUUGAGACCCGACCUCUGGAUGCCUUCAACCAGGACCCCAGCCAAGUGAGGGUGAUCCGGGGGAUCUCCCUUGAGGAGGGAGCCCUGCCCGAUGUCAGCGCAACUCGUUGGAUCUUUGAGACGCAGCCUCUGGAUGCCAUUCGUGAGAUCUUGGUGGACGAGAAGGACUUCCAGCCAUCUCCGGAUCUCAUCCCUCCUGGUCCAGAUGUUCAGCAUCAGCGACAUCUGUUUGAGACCUGUGCCCUGGACACUCUGAAGGGGGAAAGAGAAACGGAGGCAGAGGCUCCACCCAAGGAGGAGGUGAUUCCUGGUGAUGUCCGCUCUACACUCUGGCUAUUUGAAACAAAACCCCUGGAUGCUCUCAGAGACCAGGUCCAAGUAGGUCACCUGCAACGUGUGGAUCACCAGAAGGGCGAGGGGCUUGUGACUGAGUGUCUGUCCAGUAAUGGCACUUCGGUGUUACCUCUGUCUCAGGGUGUCCCCCAGAACAAUGGGUUGAAAGGGGACGUGAAGACCUUCAAGAAUCUUUUUGAGACCCUUCCCUUAGACAGCAUUGGGCAGGAUGAGCCUUCAGCCUAUGGCAACAUAAACAGAGGACGAAAGACUGAUUCUGCUGAGCCAUCCCAGGGCUCAGAUGCCCCUGUAUAUGCUAUGCAGGACAGCAGGGGACAGCUUCACGCCCUGACUUCUGUCAGCAGAGAGCAGGUAGUUGGAGGUGAUGUACAGGGCUACAAGUGGAUGUUUGAGACACAGCCCCUGGACCAGCUGGGUAGAAGCCCCAGUACCAUUGAUGUAGUACGAGGUAUCACUAGGCAGGAAGUGGUGGCUGGGGAUGUUGGCACCACUCGGUGGCUCUUUGAGACACAGCCACUGGAGAUGAUCCACCAACAAGAACAACAGAAACGAGAGGAGGAGGAGGGGAGGGGUCCAGGAGGCCCCCCUCCAGAGCCCCCCCAGAAGGGAGAUGUACAGACCAUCCGCUGGCUGUUUGAGACCUACCCUAUGAGCGAGUUGGCAGAGAAGCGAGAAUCCGAGGUCUCAGACCCCAUGGCCGAGGCUGAGACACAGUCAUGUACCUGGAUGUUUAGACCCCAGUCUCUGAACCAGGCAGAAGGCUCUGGGGAACAGCACCUGCAAACAAGCCAGGUCCGGGGUGGAGACAGACAGACAGAUAGGCAUGUCUUUGAGACUGAAUCCCUACCAGCCUCAAGCCAGUCCAGUGGGAGAAAGCCUGUAAGGUAUUGCAGCCGGGUGGAGAUUCCUUCUGGGCAGGUAUCUCGGCAGAAAGAGCUUUUCCAGGCCCUGGAGGUGGGCAAGAAGGAGGUACAAGAGACCACAGUAGCCCCAGAAUCCAUCCCCCCGGGCUCUGUGCAUAAAUUCACCUGGCUCUUUGAAAACUGCCCCAUGGGCUCCCUGGCAGCUGAGAGCAUCAGAGGGGAUAACCUCCAGGAAGAACAGCCAAAAGGCUCUGUAGACCGUGGGACACCAGAGAGGCAGGAGACAGAAGCCGAGAGAACCCUUAGGAUUUUGCAUGCCACUCCUGGCAUCCUACACCAUGGAGGAAUCCUCAUGGAAGUCCGAGGCCCAGGGGAGCUCUGCCUUGCCAAGUAUGUGCUCCCAAGCCCAGGGCAGGGACACCCCUAUGUACGGAAAGAGGAGCUGGUGUGUGGUGAACUCCCCAGGAUUGUCCGUCAAGUGCUACGCCGGACAGAUGUGGACCAGCAGGGACUGCUGGUUCAGGAGGACACAGCUGGCCAGCUCCAACUCCACCCUCUCAAGCUGCCAGGGCCUGGUGACCCUGGGAAUAUUGAAGACAUGGACCCUGAGCUCAAGCAGCUGCUGGCCUGUGGCCUGGGAGUCUCUGUGGCAAAGACGGGGCUGGUGAUGCAAGAGACAGGACAGGGCCUAGUGGCACUGACUGCCUACUCCCUCCAGCCCCAGCUAACUAGCAGGGCCCCUGAAAGAAGCAGUGUGCAGCUGCUGGCCAGCUGCAUAGACAAAGGAGACCUACACAGCCUUCACAGUUUGCAGUGGGAGCCGCCAACAGACUCAAGUUCUGUGCCAGCUACUGAGGAGUCCCAGAGGCUUCCCCCAACUGAAAGCAUCAUACAUGUUACCCCAUUAGACUCCACCAUGGAGAUGGGGCAUCUGAGAGUCCCAGGGUCCACACCCUGUCCACCCCCACCUCGGGCAGCUGGAAAAGUGGUCUUUCCCAAUGGCAGACCUGUAACACAAGCUCCAUUGCAGGAAGCAAGCAAACAAAUGCAUAUCAGUCAUGCUGGGCAGAAAGAGAAGGCAGCCUCAGGAAGACCAGAAGGAACCACUGCUUCCCCUCUAGGGUCUGGAGCUCCAGAUCUCCAGGUAGCCAUGCAAAAUCUGCGUUUCGCAACUGCUGAAGCCCAAAGCCUGCACCAGAAGGUUCUGAGCAGGAAUCCACAGGGUUCUGACCCUGCAACCACCUCUAUGCCUGUCCAAGGUGUUCUGCAUAUGCCGACUCCUGCCACUGGGCCUACUACCCAAGGUAGCAUCAGGCCUGUGGCUGGAAGUGAAGCCAGGAUCCCAGCAGUUCCCAGAAAGCUGCUGUGACAGAAGAACCUGACCACCCAGUUCAAGAUCACCACCAGGAGGACUCCAUCCAGCAGGCCUCUAAGCCCCUGCAGGAACCCCUUCUUCAUACUCACAACAGACCCGCUGGCCAGAAAACCCCUGAAGGGUCAGAGACGAAACUCUCCAAAGCGGAAUCCACCGUACCUCCAAGAAAGAAACCCCCAGUGCCUCCCAAACCUGCACAUCUAAGCCAACUCCACCCCCCUCAGAGGCUGCCCAAGCCCUUAGCAGGCUCUGCCAGAAGCUCAGAAGCAGGACAAGACCAUAAGCCAGGUAAGCCAGGUGUAGCCAACCCUGGGUCAGCCAAAGCUCCCACAACAGCAGGCCAGGAUUGCCUGCCUCUGGCUGAAUGCUCUAAGGAGCAGAAACAACCUGUGCAUCAGCAUCUACUCAGCACUACGGCUUCCAGGCCUAGCAGGGGUCAGACAACCAGCAGCAACAGUCAGAGCCCUGAGUCUCCUAAGUUGAUUGUUCUCAACAAUGACUCCAGCCCACCACAAAAGCACCCUAGCUCCCCCAAGAAGCAACCUAUGGACUGUUCCAAGCAGGGGACCCCUGAGAAACCAGAGAUUAUACAGGGCAGCCAUCAAGAGCUCCAGGGCCUCCUGAGCCAAGUGCAAAUCCUGGAGAAGGAAGCAACCCACAGCGUGGAUGUACAGGCCCUGCGGAAGCUCUUUGAAGGUGUACCCCAGCUGGGAGGGGGUACCCCUCAGACUCCCACCGCCUCCCACAAGACUCAGGCCUCAGUGGAGCAGGCCUUCGGGGAACUGACGCGGGUGAGUACAGAGGUUGCCCAGCUGAAAGAACAGACCCUAGCCAGGCUGCUGGACAUCGAAGAAGCAGUGCACAAGGCUCUUAGCUCCAUGUCCAGCCUCCAGUCUGAGGCUCACCCAAGCAGCCAUCCACAGGGAACUGCAAAGGACCCCAGUGUGAACAAGGUCUCUGCCAGCAGCAGAGCCAGACCGACAGGCUCCAGCCAGGCCAAAGAUCCACCUGUAGUCAAAAAACAAGAAAAGGUUGAGAGCCAUCUUGAAGAAGAAGGUCACGGCAAGAUCAGAGAUCAUGCAGAGGCCAGAGGUCAGGCAGAAGUGAACCUCCUGCCCUCCAGGAAGCCGGAGACACCAAGAGCCGAGCCUGGCCUCCAACAAGUCUCUCCUUCCUGCAGAGGAUCCUCCUCUCCAACUUUCAUCUCUAUCCAAUCAGCUACAAAGAAGCUUCUGGAAGCUUCUAGCCCUCAGGGAAGCCAUUAUAUCUCAGGGAAAAAUGCACACCUAGCUCAGGACAUAGGUCAAGCCCUGCUCUACCAGAGAGAUAUCCAGGAUCAGACUGGGACAAAGGAGAUGGUCAUCAAGGGCUCUGUUCCCACAGGGCAGCAAAACAAUGUUCUGGAAUUCCAGAGCGGGCCAGCUACCUCCAAGUCCUAUGGAGCCACUCGAACAGUGACUGAGCAGUAUGAAGAGAUGGACCAAUUUGGGAAUACAGUCCUCACUUCCUCCACCACGAUCACCCAGCAGGCAGAGCCGCUGAUGGACCCUGGCCCCCAUCUCCAGCUCCACACUUCUCCCAUGCUAAGGCAGUUCCUCCACAGCCCCUCCCAGUUCAAUAGGGAUCUGGCAGAAGAUGAGAUAUCAUGGGCUCCCUGUAGCCAUUUCCAUCCGGCUGCCCAGUGAGCCCCUCUGUCUCCCACCAGUCUUGGGUACCUCUCCCAGAGCUCUAGGACUAAGUCAUGGCCCCACCUCCUGUACGUGUGGAACAAGGACCAAGAAAGAUGGGGCCUUCAGAGAGCUGACGAGGGCUGUUGGCCUUGUUAGUUCCAGUUCUUGAAAAAGGACAAGAAAAGUAAAGCAGCCAUCCACAGGAAAGCCAGAUGUGUGUGUCAGGACCUAACAGGUGCUUGUGGAGAACUAGCCCACACUGGCCCAUCUCACACUCACACAUGUGAGUCUGUACCUCACUGACUAGAGCUGAAAGGACACCCCUCCACCGUAUCUCUCCAUGGCCAGCCUUUUUCUUUGAUUAUGGAAUCUGGCUGUCUUUAUCCCUGGUGAGGACCUGGGGCUGAGCAGACUGGAUAUGACAUUGGUCUCUGUUUGAGAUUGGACUGAGGGCUCCAGAAAAACCUGUGUGCCUGCCUCUUCAUCACCAGUGGUCCAAAGGGCACAGAGAGAGCGCUAGCAGUCGAUAGUGUUCCUAGAAGCUGAAUACACCACCCUUCCUGACCCCAUCACCCCCACUCUGUACCUCGAAUGGGAAAAAUGAUCCAAAAAUAAACCGAAAAGAGAUUC